CCGGAUGUGCCAGAUCACCACCCGGAUAUCAGUUUCCUGAGUAUUCCAACUACUGCCUUCAUCCCUCUAUGGCUCUAUGUUUGUCAUGUUGGAGAGUGGCACACAUACCAAAAGUCUCAAACAAUGGGUUAAAAUGAAUUGAUUAAGGAGAAAGUGGUGUAAAAGCUGUAAAAAUGAACAGUAUAGAAAUCUCUCCACUAAAAAAUAGUACACAAUUCUUAAAAUUUCCCACUAAAUCUGAAACAUUUCCACCCAAUCUAUAGUUUUACCACCAAAAGUUAAAAAUUUAGAAAACGCAAAAGUACAUUUAGUCCGUACAGAUAGUUAGUGGAAAUACAAAUUCCUCCAAAACAUUAGAGCCAUUAUCACCAACAAAAAUGGAUACCGUAAAUACAGAAGUUGUAGUGAUAGAAUGUGCAGGAAAAGAUUACAGAUUCUUAGAGAAAAAAUUCUUAGUGAGAGGCUAAUGUAGAGCUGCUUAGAAAAAAUUGGCAUCAGCUGGGUGGAGUAUUGCAGCCUGGCAUCAUCAAGGCAUCAAGCAAACAUCAUAUGCAUAUGGGUUCUAAACAAAAACCAUCAAUAGAAUUUGGACAAUUGCGAGGAGGCAGCUGAACAGAAAAGUCAAUGUAAAAGACGGCGAAGAUAGGAAGUGGACAAAAACAAGGUCAGUCAAAUCCCACUCCAACAAUGAACAAAUAUAAGGAGACUUGCAAAGGCUCUCAGCAUGAGCAAGUCCAGAGUUCAUAGAGCAAUCAUGAGUGGAAAAUUUAUGUCACAAGUCAACAAUGCUAUAAAGAGGUGUAGGCGUAUAGGCGAUGAAUCUCAUCCCGCAGUGAUUGAACCUGUUCAAAAGAGGUGUAGAGAUGGGAAGAUUCCUCUUCGAAGACCCGGAGUCUGUUGACUUUGGCUGAGAGGUUCCGGGACUUCACCUCUUCCUUCUUCAGCUCUUUGGAGAAGUUUCCUAGCCUUUUCUCUUGUGCUACUGCCUACUGCCAACUUCUCAGUUUUUCUUUGCUCCAUCCGGGAUGAUUGUUCCGCAAGUUGAAGAAACUCGUUUAUGGUUUGGAUACUCUCCUCUUGGUCCCGGAUGAACUGUACCUUUUCUCUUAUGACCAAGUCCCUUUGAGCCAGGGCCCCCAGGGCAGUCUUGGCCAGGAUGGCGUCGGAGCUGGCCCCCCUGAUAGUCGGCGUUUAGGGCAUGGAUUGUGUUACCAAGCUGGAGAAAAGACAUAGACAAGAUAAACACAAGAAAUUUUCAAAUGAACUUAGGUUUUAAAAGAGGAGAGUUACUUGGGCAUGUGGAGCCAGCGCAGCAAGGCCUACGUAGUCAGGACGGCGAGGGCUGGGUCCUGGGGACCAGACUGAAGGGCUUGCCUCGCUGCGAAGAGGCUUUUCUUCUCUUGCUUAUUGCAUCGCUAGGCGAAAGAGAAGGCAUCUUGAAGUGCAGGCCAAAGGUCCAUGAACCUUUGGAAAGAUUCCAAGUCAUACUGAUGUUUGGCUUGAAGGAAAGCAGAAGCCCCGGAUGAAGAUGGCCUUUCGUACUCCCAGGGGGGCUUCUCUCCGGAUUUCUUCGAUAGAAUCUCCGGGGCCACUAGAGUUGGAGUGGGGGUUUGAAAUUAGAAGACGGGUUUCCGAUAGAACCUUCUGGAGGUGGUUUGU